AUGGCCACCAGCUUCCAGGAGCCCCCGUCCGAGGACACGGUGGCCCUUCUGCACCGGGCCAAGGAGCCGGGCGGCGGCGGCGGCGAGGCGGCGGCCAAAGGCGAACUGAGCCCGGCUUCCAGCAAGGCGCCGUCGUCGAUCGGAGCCGCGGUGGCGGCGGCGGAGAAGAGCGACCCGACGCAGAAGCCGCCCUACUCCUACGUGGCGCUGAUCGCCAUGGCCAUCCGCGAGAGCGCCGAGAAGCGCCUGACUCUGUCGGGCAUCUACCAGUACAUCAUCAGCAAGUUCCCCUUCUACGAGAAGAACAAGAAGGGCUGGCAGAACAGCAUCCGCCACAACCUCAGCCUCAACGAGUGCUUCAUCAAAGUGCCGCGAGAGGGCGGCGGCGAGCGCAAAGGCAACUACUGGACGCUCGACCCGGCCUGCGAGGACAUGUUCGAGAAGGGCAACUACCGCCGCCGCCGCCGCAUGAAGCGGCCCUUCCGCCCGCCCACAGGCCACUUCCAGCCGGGCAAGAGCCUCUUCGGGGCCGCGGCGGAGGCGGCCGGCUACGGUUACCUCACGGCGCCGCCCGCCAAGUACCUGCAGGCGCCUUUCCUCAACGCCGCCGCGGCCGCCGCCUCCUGGUCCUUGGCGCAGCCCGCGCCGCCGCCGCCUCAGGCGCCCUCAGCCGCUUCCUACGGGGCCUGUCAAAUGGCCGUGGAGGGCGGCGGCGGCAGCCCGGGAGGCAACGGCGGCGGCAGUCCUGUCAGCGCCGUGAAGGGAAUGGGACUCUCGGCCGGGCCCGGCGUGGCCACCGCCGGCGCUGCCUCAGCCUACGGCCCUUACUCGCGCCUUCCCGCCAUGGUGAACUCGUACAACGGCAUGGGCCACCACCAUGCCCACCACCACCCGCACGCCCACCACCACCACCCGCACGCCCACCACCACCAUCACCACCACCACCACACGGCCCAGCAGCUGGGCGCGGCGGCGGUGGCGGCCGCGGCAGCCGCGGCGGCCGCCGCCUCAGCCGGCAGCCCUUCCCCGCAAGCGGCGCCCAACGGAGCCGCCGGCCUGCAGUUCGCCUGCGCACGCCAGCCGCCCGAGCUCGCCAUGAUGCACUGCUCGUACUGGGACCACGAGAGCAAACACGGCGCCCUGCACCCGCGGAUAGACCUCUGA